GCCAGAAGGCCAAGCGGGCGUGGAGGUCUUCAGAGCUGCGAUUAAGGAUCUAGACACCAAGUCCCAGUCGAAGAUCAAGAAUCUUACGGACCUGGCGCAGAGCCUCUACAGCAACUCCCAUGCGGUGGUGCAGGCAGUUGCCGAAGAGAUCCAUGGAGCCAGCUCUGACAGAAUACAGCCGCUGCUCUUCGUUGUGGACAGCAUCCUCAAGAAGGUGGGCAAGGACUACAAGGUGCACUUCGCGGAUCGCCUUCCCGAAGCUCUAGGCAGUGCCACAAGCACCGAUCGCAGCCCAGCAGGCGAUGUGGCCUCCAUGGCACUGGAGUCAGACGAGGUAGUGGAACGCCGGCUCCAGAUCUUGACGAAGAUCAUCGAGCGCAAGCCGCCAAAGCCCGAUGAACUGCAAGAGAUCAUGAAGGUGCCCGAGAUUCGAAAGGCCAUCGCUAUGCAGCAGAAGAAUCAGCGGCAGGAGGCAAUGGCCAUGCUGUCCCAGUUCAAGCAGGUCCGGCAUGGUGCUGGCAGCUGGGGUUUGGUCAACGGGCACCAACAGAUCCUAUCAGAGCGCGUGCUUGGGCUGAAGUCUGGUGAAGACCCGCGGCUUCGAAGUGAGCAGAAGCGCAGCGAUGCCAAGGAGAAGAGGGAGAAACAGCAGCUCUACGAUGACCCGCGACUGCAGGACAAGAAGCCUCAAGAUCCGAGGCAUGCUGCGGAGGGCAAAGGCCCCGCGCGGCCUCCAGAUCCACGGCGCCAGGCUGAUGCGGAAACUUCCAAGGAGACCGCAUCAGAACCAGCCAAGAAACGUGUGAAAGUGGAGGGUGAUGCUGAUGUCACCACCGUCGUCAGCGACGACGAGGUGGAAAAGAUACCCGACGAUGAGGACAUGCCGCUGGUCCCAACCAGGCAGUUUUUGCAGGGCAUGCCCUCGCUGGGCUUCUCGGAGGCCUGGCUUCGGCAAUUCAUGUCCCAGAUGCCUCGGAAAGGCGAGGCCAGAGAACGACGGCGGCAGCCAGUCGGACGAAAAAUCCUGGGUGCUGCUGGCGAGCAAAUGGUCUAUGUAGAUGCAAUGUCUCCCGGUGAGAUGCUGCUGCUGAUGCAGUUUGUGUUUAUGCUGGAGGAGAAACUCCGGUCCACUGGACGCUCUGUGGACCUGGCCCAGCGGGUCUCACACAGCUUCAGCUACCUGCAGGUCGACCUUGCCGUUGAUGUGAUGCUGAAGUGGGUCUUUGACGGGCUGCCCUUUCAGUGUGGCACGACAGGACUUCGCUUCGCCAACCGCGAAAAGCUGCGACGGCAGAACGAAAGCCUCAAGAAGCGGAAGGAGCUGAGGCAGAUGAACUCCGAGGCUAGAGGCUGGAUGGAUUCCAUCCCAGACUGGGUCGGCAACCGCGACCUCGUUGUGGGCCCUGCGCUGUUCCGGCUUGGGGGUGAUGUCGGCAAGGCGGCCCCGGUGGAGGCUCCCGCUGCUUUGGACGAGUUGCCCGAAGAGCGCUGGGAGGUUCCGUGUGAUGAGCGUCGCUCUGUGUGUCCCAUCAGCGGAGAGCGCUUCGACAGGGUCUGGAGCAGCACGCUGAACGACUGGGCUUUCGUCGGUGCCGUGGCUGCUGAGGCGAGUGCAACGCGGCCGUUGAG